UAUAUAAACAAACCGCUCUCAUAACACCCUCGCAACAGUAGCUAAAACCAGGAGAUUAGGGUUUCGUCUGAGCUAUCGUGAAUCACCACCACCGACGAUGAUCUACGACGUCAAUUCCCCUCUCUUCAGAUCCUUCCUCAGCCAGAAAGGAGGGGCAUCUGAUAAGAGGAAAACAGAAGACCAAAAGCCAAAGGAGCACAAGCCAAAAGCAAGUGAGAAUAAGCCUGUAAUGACCGAGUGACAAUUGUCUGCAAUGUAGAGUUUGGUACAUGUAGGAAGUGAGGAUGAAGCUUUGUUAACUGCUUUUAAUAUGCUAGUAUCUUUAUUUUUUUUCAUCAAGAAACCAUAAUUUUGAGUUAGUAACAACAUUGUGUUCCAUAUAUAGUUUGCAAUGAACUAUCAUUUCUAGUAUGCAGUUUGCCAUGCCUAGCUCGUAAAUUUAAUAUUACUGUGAACUUGUAAUGAGAGCAAUUCAUUCAUAACACACCAUUUGUGCUUA